GGCCUAGAAUCGUGGCCCUGCGGGGGGACUGGGAGGGUCCCUCUGACCGUGGUGACCUCAGGCCGGCCGAGUCUCUGCGGAGGGAAGGGUGUUGACUAGACAGGGAACCUUUUUGUCUCGGUUUAGGACUGUCCUUGGUCUGCGUUGUUAGGAGCGAGUCAGGACCCUUUCGGACUUCGAAGGCCAGUCUGUGAUGAUUUACUUUCAUGCUGGGAUUUUCGGAGGGGUGUGGGGCUGACCGUGGUCCGGUGAUGCUGGUUACGGAAUAAAACGCGUUGCAAAUCCUUGCUGCUGGAAGUAGUGUUGAUUUACAGGUGGACUGUGGGUCACCACUGGCAGGACUGAAGUUCUGGGAUUGUUUUGGGGGGGGGGGUGGAGAAACUGUGGAGCUUUUUAUCGUUGUGGUGGUGUUCCCAGUUCAGUAACUGUGCUGAGAUGUGUGACAGGACUGGUUCGUUCUCCGGUUCAGGUUGACUGUCCCAGCCUGCUCUUUUCCUGGAAUUUCUGCAGAAGGAAAUACCACAUCAAGACACAAGUUAAGUCCAAAAGCUGAUGUUAAACUUACGACUUCCAGGGUUACUGCUGCUUCAAUCUCCAUGGAGUCUUUAAAAGGUGCAGGAGAUUCAGUAGACGAACAGAAUAUCUGCAGGGGAGGACUAAAGAGUGCGUCGUUGAAGGAUUUGUGUCUUGAAGACAAAAGACGCAUUGCAAAUUUAAUUAAAGAAUUGGCCAGAGUAAGUGAGGAAAAGGAAGUGACAGAAGAACGAUUCCGAGCCGAGCAGGAAUCAUUUGAGAAGAAGAUCAGGCAGUUGGAAGAACAGAAUGAUCUGAUCAUCAAAGAAAGGGAAGCUCUUCAGCUACAGUAUAGAGAAUGCCAAGAACUUCUAAGUCUCUAUCAGAAAUAUCUAUCAGAACAGCAAGAGAAGCUCACCAUGUCUCUCUCAGAACUUGGUGCUGCUAGAAUGCAGGAACAACAGGCAUCCAAUAGGAAAAGCACUCUUCAGUCUUCAGCUAUGGAACUAGAUGGUUCCUACUUGAGUGUAGCCAAAUCACAAACCUGCUAUCAAACCAAGCAGAGGCCUAAGUCUACAAACCAGGACUCCGCUUCAGAAGCCCUUCUGGAUUUUAGGAAUAAUUCUUUGAAACCAGCAGACUUUCAUUAUCCCGAAACAGACCUAGACAGGGUGCCGUCAGAGACCAGAACAUGUGAUUAUGGAUCCCCAGGGAGAAAACUAGCAGAUGCAGUCCCUACAGAGAAGGUUCCACUAGCGGAAUUAAAGAUGAAAGAAUGCCAAACCCUGAAGCCUAUUCCAUCCAGUCAGUGUUGUGGUCAUAGACUUUCUGAAAACUCAGAUCCUAUUCCUGAAAGCCAUCCUACACACAUAGCCCCUCAAUAUUCCAGAACACAUCCAGAAUCAUGCAGUUAUUGUGGGCUUUCCUGGACAUCCCGGAUGCAUGGUCAAGGGACACAGCAGUCUAGUGAAACUGAUGUCAAAAAGCAACUCUCAGAAAAUAGAAGGCACCAACUUAUGCUUCAGAAAAUGGAGCUGGAAAUUGAAAAAGAGCGCCUUCAGCAUCUGCUGACCCAGCAGGAGACAAAACUUCUCCUAAAACAGCAGCAGCUUCAUCAGUCUCGACUGGAUUAUAAUUGGUUAAGAACUCAAGCUGCAUUUAAGUCAAGAGAACUCCUUGCUGCUAAAGAGUUUACCAAACCCCGAGAGUUCAAUCUGGAUAUGAAUGGGGAUGACUCUGGACCAAGUUUAUUGAAGUCAAAAUGUGAUGGCUGGCUGCUGGGAGCAUCAUCAUCCAUCAAAAAACACCAAGAGUCCACUAACAGUGGUGAAAAUAGAAGAGAGAAGAAGACAGUUGGGUUUCAAUCACAUACAGAAGAUGAUACCCUAUGGACAUGUCAAAAGAAAGAUACAUAUCGACCCCAAAGAGGAACAGUGGCAGGAGUUAGAAAAGAUGCAUCCACAUCUCCUAUAACAAUAGGAAGCCAAAAGGAGCUUGGAAUCACAAGCUCAUCAGCGCUGCAGCACGACUCUUCUUGGUAUGAGACCUCUCUGCUGGAUUUGGUUCAAUCUCUGAGUCCAAAAUCUGCUCCCAAACCUCAACCCCAUUCCUCCAGAGAAGCUGGGGCCUGGAUUCACAGUAAUCACCGACUCAGUCCUCGAAAAUCAACCUGGAACAAGAUGGGGACAGGCAGGACCCCCGAAGACCUGGAAGAGAAUCAAAUUCUGGAAGAUAUCUUUUUCAUUUGACGUUGAAACACAUGCUACAGAAUUUCCAUCUGAAAUGUGUGGGCUUCUUUAUAUCCUGAUCUAGGAUUUUAAAUUAUUUGAUCGCAAACUAACCGCGUCUCUCCUUUCACAGGGGCCUCUCUCACUAACAUCCUGUUAUGUGUUGAACAUAGAAAUCAUGUUACAAACCCAGAGUGGUUUUGAUCAGACCCCUCAGUAGGUGACACAUUAAGGGCAGAGUGGGGGAGGGCAGUAUCUUUUCUGUGCCAAGCAGAGAUCAGAAAAUUAACAUAGGACCCUUUCUACAUGCAAAGGACUUAACAUAUUCAGCCUCAUUUCCAGAGUGUUUCCUUCUCAAUACUUAGUGGGAAAAGGUUGGUUCUCUUUCGUGCACAAGGAAGACCUUUUCACAGAAAAAUCCCUCUGAUUUAAAAGUAGCCCCUUUGCAACAUAAGCAGUUUCAGAAAGACACUCCCUUUACUUCUCCACCUCACCUUUACCUCUGUUCCCUCAUUGCCUACCUCUGUAUACGUGUAGUCAUUUAAUUCCGAAGUUGGAGUUGAUGUCCCUACCAUCACAAGCAACACCCACAACCAAUUGCGAGUCAGUUCCAGUAAUCAUCAUCUGUAACCAAAGGGCACAGUGGGCUAGAGGGAGGGCCCCAACCAAUCCUUGGAAACCAGCAUUAAGUCACAACAUAGAGUGACUGCCCUCGGGAAAUAAAAUGGAGACACAGGCCUGACAUGCUUUUCCUGCCAUCCACCCAUUUCCCGGGAUAAAUAAAAGCAAUAGCUCAGUACUUUUUACUGACCUAAAUGUCUGUAUUUGUGAGCUGCCCAUGGCUGUCUCCAGGGAAGAUGCCACUGGAGAGAGGAGCAUCAGCUGCCACAGGCUGAGAGGCCUUCCCUGGUUCUCCCUCUUACCUCAUGAGGAUCAAAGGCCCUAGCUUGAUCGCGCCUUUGAUGUGCUCUGCUCAGGCUAUUGUCCCGUGACUCCAAAGAAACAUCUCUACUUGCCACAUUCUUCUCCUCCACUCCCAAGCAGAAUCUCCCUAUCUUUUCCACUCCUCCCUUUGACCCAGAAAAGACCUGUCGAAAAAGUACACUUGCAACCUCAUUCUCUCUCUUCUUCUAUUUGGCAGAGCUCUUAAGAUGGGUCCUUCAGCUUACAGUGGGCUCCAGUGGGUUCUCAUGCCCCUAGGCAGCAUGAUGAACCUGGUAGAGCCCCUGAGUUGAUGACUUCCAGUCACUGGAAGCAAGGAAGGUGUGUCCCCAGAUGUGUCUACUUGGUGACCUUAUUUGAUCUGUUCUGUUUCUCUCUCCAUUUCACCCAACCCCAGGCUUGAAGUGGGACCAAGAGUCUGUCAGUCAGCAUUGGUAGCCAAGGUCAGACCACCCAGGGUAAACUGCAUUAGUGAGCCUACAGGGCUUCCCUAAAGUCUUUAUCAAAACUAGAUUAUCUCAGCCUACAAAAACCUUGUUAAACAGAUUCUUUAUGUG